AUGACGUCACGUGAGUGUCAUAGCAACGACCGCGGACAAAAUGGUGCUCAUGUAGUGGAUUUGAACGUUAUUACAGAAAUGGCCUUCUGCUGCCUAUCGCAGAGUAGAUAGGAUGCACAAGAUGAAAAUUUCGACUCUUCCACGACACCACACUUUAUUCAUAGUCUCCAUUGUCGUUUUGUUUGUCGUUCCAUCGUUUGUAAGCUCAGGAGUUUCUGAAAAUGAUCGUGAAAUUGAAAUCACAGAAUCAAAACAAUCCAGAAAUGAAGGUGAAACAGAUGGUAUUAGUGAUACAGGACCUUCCCGUCAAUUCGUGAAAGACGAAGAACACGAUAACUACCAAAGACAAGGCGUGACAAGAGACAAUGUGUCUAAAUCUAAAGAAGAUCCUGCCCAAGUAUUCUUAACAAAGAAUAAAACAAAUGUCCAAAACAAAGACCAGGACAACCAAAGACCUGUGAAUGAUUCAGAUCAGAAGGACUUAGACACUGAAGAUGAAAUACCUGACACCCAGGGCUCUGACACUGGCAUCGAUGACGAAGAUUCCAAACCUGAAAGUGAAACAGACAGCAAAGAUGAGGACAACCAAAUACCUACGAAUGAUGCAGAGGAUUAUUCCGAGAACCCUGAACCUGAGGAUGAAACACAGGAGUCCCCAGGCUCUGACAGUGGCAUCAAUGAAAAAGAUUCCAAACCUGAAAGUGAAACAGAGAGCAAAGAUGAGGACAACCAAAUACCUACGAACAAUGCAGAGGAUUAUUCCGAGAACCCUGAACCUGAGGAUGAAACACAGGAGUCCCCAGUCUCUGACAGUGGCAUCAAUGAAGAAGAUUCCAAACCUGAAAGUGAAACAGAGAGCAAAGAUGAGGACAACCAAAUACCUACGAACAAUGCAGAGGAUUAUUCCGAGAGCCCUGAACCUGAGGAUGAAACACAGGAGUCCCCAGUCUCUGACAGUGGCAUCAAUGAAGAAGAUUCCAAACCUGAAAGUGAAACAGAGAGCAAAGAUGAGGACAACCAAAUACCUACGAACAAUGCAGAGGAUUAUUCCGAGAGCCCUGAACCUGAGGAUGAAACACAGGAGUCCCCAGUCUCUGACAGUGGCAUCAAUGAAGAAGAUUCCAAACCUGAAAGUAAAACAGCCAGCAAAGAUGAGGACAACCAAGGACCCAUGAAUGAUGAAGGAGAUUUUUCCGAGAACCCUGAACCUGAGGAUGAAACACAGGAGUCCGCAGGCUCUGACAGUGGCAUCAAUGAAAAGGUAAAGAAACAAAUCUGUCCAGAUUCCAAACCUGAAAGUAAAACAGCCAGCAAAGAUGAGGACAACCAAGGACCCAUGAAUGAUGAAGGAGAUUUUUCCGAGAACCCUGAACCUGAGGAUGAAACACAGGAGUCCGCAGGCUCUGACAGUGGCAUCAAUGAAGAAGAUUCCAGAAUGGAAAGUCAAACACAUGAUAUUGAUCAGACACAGUCUACAAAGGAAUUCUUGAAGGACAAAGAGCGUGAUAGCCACCAAAGACAGGGUGUGACGAGAGACAACUUCAAAUCUAAAGAAGAUCCUGAUGACCAAAGCAAAGAACAGGACAACCAAGGACCUAUGAAUGAUUCAGAUUAUGAUUCCGAGAACCAAGGACCUGAGGAUGAAAUGCAUGACUCCCCAAGCUCUGACAGUGGCAUCCGUGAUAAAAGUAUGGAAACCUGUGCAUCCUAUUGCUCCUUCUACUAUGAGCCAUAUGAUAGAUGUAACAAUGACCAAAACGGAGAAAGCAGUACGGAAACUGUGCCUGGAACCCAUAAAGAAGAGUCUCAGCAUUCCACCCUGGUCAGCAUGGACCUCCUGGGGGAAGUGCUCCCUGACUUGUGGGAGCUGAGGGUACAAGCUGCGACAUCGUCAGUCAACAUGGCAAUCCUGGAGCCAGUGGACUCCCUGCACAGCAACAUGUGA